AUGGCUUAUGCGCCAACACAGUACACUUGUGCCCGCAAAAAAUACUCAUUAAUACCAUUCGACGAAGUGAGGCUGGUUAAAACCUUUUCUGGCUUUACCGUUUUGUUUAUGCUCUACCUUAUCAUUAUCACAGGCUACUACAACUCGCUAAUUAUUCUACUUCAUUUAAAACACUCUAAUUCUGUAGUUGUGUGUUAUUUAGCAUACAAUAUCACUGUUUUCAUGAGCAUCUGGUGCCACAUCACCUGUAUGUUGUCCAAUCCAGGGUUGAUUCCAUUACCAUCAGAAAAUCAAACGGAUGACACUAGAAUCGAGUUGUUUGAGAGAUGUGUCAAAUGCGGAUCUAUAAAGCCAUUCUCCACCCACCACUGCUCCGUUUGCAAUCGAUGCAUAUAUAAAAUGAAUCACCAUUGUCCCUGGAUCAAUAAUUGCGUUGGCCAGUUCAAUCAGAAACAGUUUUUUCUGUUCACAUUUUACUCGUUUUUUCAGUGCGUGUUUGAGCUUAUUCUAAUUUUAAAACGGUUUAAUAUUAUUCCCGAGAAUAUGUUUCCAAGUCAUGCGUAUUCACUAUUCCACAUUUUAAACGAUUUUACAACCGUCGAAUUUUUAUCCAUGUUCACAUCGCUCUUGUUUGGGGUAGUGUUCAUGUUAUUUUGCCUCAUAAUGAUCAUAGACCAACUUACCUAUAUCAAGACCAACACACUACCAAUUGAUAAUAUACAGAAAAUGAAUGGGAAAAAGUUAAGUUUUACACAGUCACUUAACCAGUUUUUUGGUUGCAAAUUUAAUUGGACUUGGUUCGUUCCCAUAACUGUCUACCCGCCCUUUAUGCUAUCACUAAAAUCUACAUCUAAGUUUAGUGAGAGUGAUGUAAUAGCACUGGCCUGUUAUGAAUACUCGCCCGAAGUCACUUUUAUAGAGAAUAACAUCGAAUUAAAUUCAAUCAAAAAGUAUGAAAAUUUGUCUAUUAAUGAUACAAAAAAUGCACUACCUUUAAAAGAAUUACAGAGAGGAAUUAGGAUUAUGGAUAGGCGCAGGUGUAUCAAACGGAAAUCAUUUUUAGAGCGGUUACUGAAUGGAACGUCAAGGAAAUAUUACAGAAAAAAUUGUACACACGCACUCCACACUGAUUAUGUAACCCACACACCAUACUGA